AUGAAUACAGCUCUGAUCACAACAAACGACUCCUUCAGCCCAAAGAAGUUUUUUGCGAAGGUGGGAUUGUCCAAGAAGUCUCCCCCUGAGAUUGAGAAGAUCUUCUGUGAUCUUGAUUUGAACAGGAGUGGCUACAUCGAACAGAACGAUCUACAGCUUUUCCUCCAGAACUUCUCCAAGGGGGCUUGUCCCCUGACAGCGGCUGAGACCAGAGCCUUCCUCCUGGCUGGGGACAGUGACAGGGGUGGGAAGAUAGGCUGGGAUGAGUUCUCCAACCUUGUCAUGUCUUCAUAA